UCAACUAGCCUCCAAGAUGCCUACUAAGAAGUCUAAGACCAGGAAACUCCGAGGACAUGUCAGCCACGGACAUGGUCGCGUUGGCAAGCACAGGAAGCAUCCUGGAGGUCGUGGUAAUGCUGGUGGCAUGCAUCACCACAGAAUCAACUUUGAUAAAUACCAUCCUGGCUACUUCGGUAAGGUGGGUAUGAGACAUUACCACCUGAAGAGGAACACGUCCUACUGCCCCACCGUAAACCUGGACAAGCUGUGGACACUGGUGAGCGAGCAGACCAGGCUCAACUAUGCCAAGAAGCCUGAUGGACCUGCUCCCGUCAUCGAUGCUGUCCGCGCUGGCUACUACAAAAUUCUGGGCAAAGGCAAACUGCCCAAGCAGCCGGUGAUCGUCAAAGCCAAAUUCUUCAGCCGAAGAGCGGAGGAGAAAAUCAAGGCAGUGGGCGGAGCCUGUGUGCUGAUGGCAUAAUGUUCCUGUCAGAUUGUUUUUGGAAAAAUAAAUUGUAUAAAUGGGAA